AUGAAAAAUAAAUCUAAAAACUCUUUGACGAACGGAAGUGGCAGUAGCAGUGGGAACAGUAGCAGCAGCAGCAGCAGCAGUGGCAGUGGUAGUGAUAAUUACGCCAACGGCACCACCUAUGGGUCCUCCGGAGCAACGAUGACGGGUGCGACAGGGGGAGGCCCGGGGUCGAACAGUGCCUCCGCUGGGACGGUCAAUGGAGGCGGCAGACAUGCUCAGUCUUCGUCGGGCCUGAGUGCUGGAAAUUCACCGAGCCGUGGUUCCAUUGCGACCGCCGAUGCCGGAGCAUCAUCCGGGCCGGGGGUUGCUGAUUGUGCGGAUGAGCAGCAAGAGCAGCAACCGAUGAACUAUCACAACCAUAAUGCUCAUCACGGUAAUCGCAACCAUUUGUAUCAGCAACAAAAGCAGCAGGGUGGCAACCGGCCGCAUAUAUCGCUCGACAAGUGCGAUGACUUUCAGUUCAGCGUUCCACCGGAAGCACCAGUUUUCGAACCGUCGGAGGAAGAUUUCAAAAAUCCGCUCGUCUACAUCAACAAAAUACGCCCGACGGCGGAAAAGUAUGGGAUCUGCAAAAUACGACCGCCGAGCUCCUGGCAGCCUCCGUUCACCGUGGAUGUGGAAAAGCUGACCUUUACGCCACGCAUUCAGCGGCUGAAUGAAUUGGAAGCGGAAACACGCAUCAAGCUGAACUUUCUCGAUCAAAUAGCCAAAUUUUGCGAGCUGCAAGGAACGACGCUGAAGAUACCGAUGGUCGAACGGAAACCGCUCGAUCUGUACACGCUGCACAAGAUCGUCAAUCAGGAGGGUGGUUUGGAGGUGGUGACGAAGGAACGCAAAUGGUCGAAGGUGGCGUGCCGUAUGGGUUAUCAGCAGGGCAAAAGUGUCGGCUCAAAUCUACGCAUCCACUACGACCGGUUGCUUUAUCCGUUCGAUGUGUAUCGUUCGGGAAAGGUGGUGGAUUUGGCCAACAUUGAUCCGGAACCGUCGGAAGAUUGUGAGUAUGAGCCGCACUGCAUCGAGUCGCGCCAGCAGGUGCAACCACCGAUGACGGCUGCCCGGCGUUCGCAACGUUUUGCCCAGCAGCAGAGCAACAGCAAACCACCCUCGACGGCCGGGAGCAGUGCAGGCGGCAGUGUGCGUGGCUCAUCGGAUGAGAUGUCACCGAGCAAGAAGGAACUGCGGCACAGAAGUAUGUUGGAGUUUGCGAGCAAACUGGCGGCUGCGGCACGCGAGCAGGCGGCCAGCAAUGGCAGUGUGGCGAAGGAGGAAAAGGGGGCGGUGGGUGGAACGCAUGGGUACGAUCCGAUGGCAAAGUAUAUCUGUCACAUGUGCAAUCGGGGCGAUGUCGAGGAAUCGAUGCUGCUGUGCGAUGGGUGUGAUGCAUCGUACCAUACGUUCUGCCUGAUGCCACCGUUGCAGGACAUUCCGAAGGGUGAUUGGCGAUGCCCGAAGUGUAUUGUCGAGGAAAACUCGAAGCCGGUGGAAGCGUUCGGGUUCGAGCAGGCGCAACGCGAGUACACGCUGCAGCAGUUCGGCGAGAUGGCGGAUCAGUUCAAGUCGAACUACUUUAACAUGCCGGUCCAUCUCGUACCGACCGAGCUGGUGGAGAAGGAAUUUUGGCGCAUCGUGUCAUCGAUCGACGAGGACGUGACGGUCGAGUAUGGGGCCGAUCUGCACACGAUGGAUCACGGCAGCGGGUUCCCGACCAAAGCGUCACCGUAUCUCACGUCGAACGAUCAGGAGUAUGCGGAAUCGAGCUGGAACCUCAACAACUUGCCAGUGUUGGACGAAUCCAUCCUUGGCCACAUUAACGCCGACAUCAGCGGCAUGAAGGUGCCGUGGAUGUAUGUCGGCAUGUGUUUUGCUACGUUUUGCUGGCACAAUGAGGACCAUUGGAGCUACUCGAUCAACUAUCUGCACUGGGGCGAACCGAAAACGUGGUACGGUGUGCCGGGUAGUCGGGCGGAGGAUUUCGAGCUGGCGAUGAAAUCGGCCGCACCGGAGCUGUUCCAUUCGCAGCCGGAUUUGCUGCACCAGCUGGUGACGAUCAUGAAUCCGAACAUACUGAUGAACGCGGACGUGCCCGUCUACCGGACGGAUCAGCACGCGGGCGAAUUUGUCGUAACAUUCCCGCGCGCGUACCAUGCCGGUUUUAACCAGGGAUAUAAUUUUGCCGAGGCGGUUAACUUUGCACCAGCGGACUGGAUGAAGAUGGGCCGGGAAUGCGUCAACCACUAUUCGAAGUUGCGCCGGUACUGUGUGUUUUCGCACGACGAGCUCGUGUGCAAGAUGGCGCUCGAGCCGGACAGGCUAAAUUUGGGUAUUGCAACGGCGUGCUAUAUCGAUAUGGCGGAAAUGGUCGAUACGGAGAAAAAGCUGCGAAAGAAUCUUCUCGAGUGGGGUGUUUCCAACGCUGAGCGAGAAGCAUUUGAGCUGUUGACGGAUGACGCCAGGCAGUGUGAAAUCUGCAAAACCACUUGCUUCCUGUCGGCUGUCAAUUGUAAAUGUACCAAGAACCUGGCCUGCCUGCGCCACUUUGCCGAGCUAUGCGAAUGUCCCCCGGAAAACCAUACCCUCAAGUACCGGUACACGCUGGACGAGCUGCCGCUGAUGGUGCAAAAGUUGAAAGUGAAGGCCGAAUCGUUCGAGAAGUGGUUGUUCCGGGUGCGCGACGUGCUGGAUCCGUCGGUGGCGAGCAGCAUCACGCUGGAGGAGCUGCAAAGCAUUGCGCACGAAGCAGAAAGCCAAAAGUUCCCAAACAGUGUAAUACUGGAGCGGUUGAACCUGUCCAUACUGGAGGCCCAGAAGUGCAUUACGGUCAUACAGCAGCUUGAUAUUAAUAAAAUACGUACCCGAACACGCAACUCGCUCGAGUGCGCCAAGUACAAGCUGUCGAUGGAUGAGUUGGAGCUGUUUAUCAAUGAAAUCAACAAUCUGCGGUGCGUUAUACGGGAGGGCGAUAGUGUGCGGGAGUUGCAGCGCAUCGGACAGGAAUGGCUGCGGCAGGCGGAUAAAGCGUUGAAGCAGCGGUUCAAGGACACCAAUGUGCAGCAGCUUAAUCAGCUGGUCGAGGACGGGAAUGCGCUGUGUAUCGAGCUGCCGCAGAUAACGGAGCUGAAGGAUCGGUUGACGCAGUACAAAUGGUACCGGGAGGUGCGAACGUUGCGCGAAAACACGGUCGAUCGGCUAUCGCUGGAGGAAAUCAAGAAGCUCAUUAACGAAGGUAUGCGAAUAUUACCGCACACAGUAUUAGAGAAGGAGCUGUCCCAGUUGCACGGCAUUAUGCUGCAGAUCGUUGAUUGGGAGCAGUCCGCUAAUCAGUGCUUCAAGACGGAAACACAACACAAGAUCAGCGAGAUCGAUAGUUUGCUGGAGCGGGCGCAAAACAUCGAAGCAUUUCUACCACUUGCCGGUCAGCUGAAGGAUGUGCUGCAUAAAUCGAAGGAAUGGUUGCACGCGAUCGAAACGCUUGAGAGUAGCAAAAAUUACAACUUUUUCCACACACUCCAAAAUUUGGCGAAUCGCGCCAAGUUGCUACCGGUAGAGAUGGAGAGCAAAUUGCUGUGUGAAACCAUUUUCGGUACAACGACCGCCGGUGGUGGUUGUUACAAUCGCAACGGCGGCCAAAUGUUGCUGUUCAACUCGCGUGGUUUCAUCGGUGCUAGCAGUGAUGAAUGGCGCAGUAAAACGGCUUCAUCGCCUUCGACGUCGCUGAAGCGGAAACGGAACGGAUCAAUCUCGAACCUGGACGAUCCGGUCAUUCCUACCAGAGGGUUGGAAACGAUUAUGAAAAAACUUAAAGAAGAUGGCAGCAUCGGGGAACACGAUAAGCGAUUGUUGCGGGCAAAGUUGUUGUUGGACUGGAACGAAACGGACGGUGCGAUUGGAAGCAGUAGUGACAAACACAUGGUUGGCGGCUACGACAGUGUGCAGCCGCAGCAGCAGCAACAGCAGCAACAUCGUCUAAGCAGCAACGGUUGCGACGUAGUGUAUCAUUGCGCCAAAUGCUACGAGAUGGUGGCCAAAGCAAACGUGCUGCGAAAAUAUCGCCACAAGCAGCAUCACCAUCAUUGCCGGCACCAUGAACGGCACAGUAGGGUGGCCUUGAAGCAGGAGCAGAAUCAGCAGCAACAAACUACUACUAGUACUACUACCACUACUACUAACACAACUAAUCUGUCGGCCAUGGAGCAAUUGUUGCAGAUCAAAACAUUGUCGGAAGAUGAUUUUGUUGUUGACAAAGGAACAAACGAAAGGGCAACGGUGGAGACAGACGUCGGAAGCAGUUUUGAUGAUUUUUCGUUCAAAUUUGGCGAGCAUGACGAUGGGGACGACGAGCCAGAUGACGAAGAGGCGGCGGAUGAGGUGAAAGCAGAGGAUGAGGACGACGAUGAGGAGGAGGGUGAGGCUGCCGGUGCCGGACAGCUGGGAAGGAAUGGGUGCCAUGGUUGUAAACCACCGGACGAAUCGGGCAUACUGAAACCAUUGCUCGCAAGCGGCAGGAUAAAGGCGGAACCGUUAGACAUUUCCCCGGAACGCAUCAAUGUGAAGGAAGAGGCUCCAAUGCGUUACGGUUCUAAAGGUGUCGCACCGACAACACUCUGUCUAGAGAGCACUAGUCAAGCAGUGGAAGCACUAUCGGCAAAUGGGAGCCGAAGUUCCAACGGAGCCAACGGUCCUUCUCAACAGCCCGACAGACAGCGACAAGAACAACACCAACAGAGUAAUGUAGAAAGCUUAUGA